CCCUACAUUAGUAGUUUCACGGACCACCUCUCUCUGCGCAAACCCCGUUUAAUUUCCUAAACAUGUACUCUCACAGUUUUGUAUCACUAAUGAAUGCUUCAUUGCUCCUUGUACUCCUGUUUGUGACCAAUAUUGUUGGCUCAGAUGGUGCAUGGUGCAUUUGCAGGUCUGAUCAGAACACAAGUGCUCUACAAAGCGCAUUGGACUAUGCAUGUGGUUCUGGGGCUGACUGCAGUGCUAUUCAGCAAACUGGGGGAUGCUACAGCCCCAACACAGUGGUAGCCCACUGCUCCUAUGCUGCAAACAGCUACUACCAGAGGAAGGAUCAGACCCAGGGGGCUUGUGACUUUUCUGGCACAGCCACUCUCACCUCUACUGACCCAAGUUCAAGUGGUUGCACCUAUCCUGCCUCUCCAAGUGCUGCAAGGGCUCCAAGCACCUCACGAACCUCACCCACAACAAACACCUCAACUACAACAUCACCUCCCACCACAUUCACCCCAACAACUGGGAGCAUAUUCAGCCCACCAGGGACUACAACUACAUCUACAGGGACUAAUGCAGGUGUAUUAGGAGGAUUAGGCCCCACUGGCACAAAUAGUUUUGAUGGCACUGAAAGUGCUUCUGCACCACAGCUUCUAAAGGCUUUGGGCUUCAGCCCUCACCCUCUCACCAUCUUUCUUUCUGCCCUAAUCUUUCUUUAAAAUUUGAUUUAAAACUUAGCAUGUUGGUGUUUGUUAAUUUGGUAAAUUUUAAUGGUUAGACUUUGAGGUUAUACCACAGGGCAUGUGUUCUCCCAUGGGUGAUGUGUUGUUGUAGAGAUUCGAUCCGUUUUUUUCAAUAAUUUAGCUUAUUGUAAAUAUAAAGGGACAGAUAUGGAAUCCUGCUUUUCUAAGUUAACAUGUUAUUUUAAUUAGGUUAAUAUCUUAUGAAAA